UCUCAAAGUCUGCCCUCUGCGCCUUUUCAUCUUUCUCGUUCUGCCGUGGUACGUUUCUCUCCUCGCGCGCGCAUAUAUCUAUAUAUUGCUUUUGGUGGAAGUGGAACAGAAUGCGGGAAUUUGUUGGGGAUGCUUCUGGUUCUGGUCGUGCAAACGAUGAGAGGUUGGCGAGGCGGUUAAAGAGAAGGCGGGUUGAUAUCAGGGGUUUCGGGGAUUACACGACGUAUUUAAACCAGUUGGGGAAGUGUAAGGAAUUGACUCAUGUGGUUGAGGAUAUUGACUCGGUCUCUGAGGGAGAAGACACUGAAGGGGAUGAUUUUGAGGAGAAAGAUGAUGUAGACCCCCAGUAUAAAUUCUUCUUGGAGAGAUUGAAAGAAGAUGGAACGUCUUAUGUUCUCAACCUUCCUAUAAACAGUUAUAUGACCUUAUCUAUAAAAUAUGAAGCUGAUGUUAGUUCAGAUCAUGAGGGUGAGCCACCCUCUCGAGGGAAAUCCAGGAAGGUUCCUAAUAGGAGGGGGACUGAAGCUGUAAAAGAUCCAAGGAACAUUCUGAACAAGGAAAAGAAUUGUGGGGAGAAGAAUCUGAUGAAUGUUGCAGGCAAAGAUAUUAUUGAUUCCUUAAAAACUGCAGGAAGGAUUAUGGGAAAUAAAAGGGACAACUUGAAGUUGGGAGAGAAUUUCAGGCAUCAACCCAAGGCUCAUGUUUCUAGUCAUGCCGUUUCCCAUCAAGAACCUGAUCCAAAAGGUGAUCACGUGUUUGAAGCUGAAUGCCACCAUGAAAAGGAAGAUAAUGUGACAGAUGCAACCUACAAAACAUUCCUGGACCAUAUCAGAGAAGAAGGCUAUUCCAUGGUUCUUGAAAUGGAAGGCUGUAAGCAGGUGAGGUAUGAAGAAGAUGAUGAUGCUGAUUUAUCUGAUGCAGAAGUGUUGGUUGGUGGUAAUGUUUCAGAUUUCAAGAAAGGAAACUAUAAUCCAUUUGAAAGUUCAAAAAUACGUUAUUCACUUAUGGGGAAAGACAAGCAGCAGCAUCUUGGAAUCACUCACACAGGUAGCUGUUCCAUGUAUAGAGAAAAGCUCAUGGAUAAACUCAGCAAACCAUAUGACCACAAUGAGUAUGAAAAACUUUUGGAGCUCAUAAAUGAGCAGAAACCUAAGUCUGGGCGUCAUAGAGACUUGCGUGGAUCUGCAUCGUUAAAAUCAUACUUGAUGGAUGAGUACAAUCCAUCUUAUCUUGAACAGCACAGUGAUCUUAAAAAGAAGAUUGAUGCAGUCAAACGUGAUAGACGUAAAGUAUUGAAUCUCUUACGUGGGUUUUUCUUCUGGGUGGAGAAUUUGGCUCAUGGAGAUGCAUUUCCUCCAUGGUUAGAUCCCUCGUGCUUAGAAGCAUUGCCUAAAAUUCCCUCGAAGAUUAAGCCCUCUCCUUAACAACUUGACAUAUUAGCUGAAGGGUGUCAGGCAAAUUCGUUGGACAGCAUGAACACACCCGUUGUCUACAAAGGCACCGGAAGGCUCUUGUGCGCCGUUGCAACUAUUACCAUCUCUUUUGAGGACAUACUACUCAUAUAUGUGUUAUAUGUAUUACGUUACACGGAUCUGACAAUGUGACUUUUUGCUUUUCGGAAA